UGUAACUUUUACAUGAUUCGAAAUUCGAAUUAGGCGCGAAAAUGGUUUUAUUUCUUUUAACUUUUUUCAUUCUAUUUUCAAAUACGUCCCAGUUUAUUGUAGAGAAACAAAACAUUACCCGAGCUAAGAUAAUUGAUAAAGACGAUGGUAAAAGCAGUUUAGUUUUUGUGUUUGAUACAACGGGGUCGAUGCAUAAUGAUCUGAGGCAGCUUCGGGCUGGUGCAGAGAUGAUUUUGAAAACGGCACUCGAAGAAAGCAAUGUUAUCGCAGAUUUUGUGUUCGUUCCAUUUCACGAUCCAGCCAUCGGUCCAGCAACAGUGACAAAGGACAAGGAAGUAUUCAAAGCUGCGUUACAAAUAGUCCACGUGUAUGGUGGAGGGGAUUGCCCGGAGAAGUCCUUGGGGGGGUUACUACUAGCGCUUAACGUUAGCCGUCCCAGGUCGUUUGUGUAUGUGUUCACUGACGCAACGGCAUCUGAUCAUAGGCUGGUCGGAAAGGUCCUGGAUGCUGUGCAGAGGAAGCAGAGUCAGGUAGUAUUUGUGCUAACGGGACACUGCAAUGACCUGACCAAGCCCACUUUCAAGGUGUACGAGCAAAUCGCAGCCGCUAGCUCUGGACAGAUCUUUAAUCUUAAUAAAAACAAUGUUCAUAAGGUACUGGAUUUUGUAAGAACUUCUAUAAAGGGCAGAUCUGUUAAUCUCGCAUCUUCAAUCAACCCCCCUGGAUAUAAUUAUACACAAAAGAUUCCAGUAGAUAAAACCGUGAACGAAGUAACAGUGUCUGUGUCGGGAGCCAAACCCCAGAUCCGUGUGGUCAAUCCCAAUGGAGAAGAGAUCACUGGACCACCGCAAUUGGUGACUACUCUGGAUCUUUCGGAAAUUAUGAUAGUAAAAGUACUCGAACCAGAGCCCGGCAACUGGAGUAUAACAGUAGGAAGCAGUGCAUCUCACUCUGUCCGAGUGUUGGGCACAUCGGACCUCUCUUUCUCGCACGGGUUCGCGGCUCAAACGCCACAGAGUAUGAAGGACACUGGUUAUAGACCUAUGAAGGGUACUUACAACCACAUGAUGAUCACACUAUCAAAACCGGAUGCUCCAGUAAAAGUAAAAUACGCGGAGAUAUUAAAUUUGGAGGGAAAAUCUUUGUUUGAAGUUCCAUUACUUAAAAAACAAGAUGGCGUCUAUUUAGCCGAUGCGUUUCUACCGCCUGAUGAAUUAUUCUACUUAUCUAUAAAUGGAGUCGACGAGAGUGGUCAAGAUUUCAGAAGAGUCGGUACUACUGCAGUACAAGCUAAAUUACCUGAUGCUCCAUACUUAGUUGUGCCUCAGAGGAUACAGGCCCGUACACAUGAGCAUAUAGUUCUCUCUUGUGAAGUCGACAGUCUUGUUCCUGUGACCGUCGCUUGGUAUAAAGACUCUGUUAGUUUGCGGAGGGGUUCUAGCUUACAGAGCACAACACUAGAUCACGAUAUAUCAGAUGUUCGUGAAGCACACGCGGGUUCGUACACAUGUGUGGCGGGGAACGCCGCGGGGACAACUAGUGCGGAAACUGUGUUGGAAAUUAUUGUGGAUCCGCCUCAAAUAUCAGUGUUGCCAGCUAACACAAGUAUUUUAAUUGACGAAGACUUGAGUAUAACUUGUUCUGUAUUUAGCGAAGCUCUUUUAUAUGGAACUAAGAUUAUUUUCAACGGUACUGAUGAAGAUUCUGUUCUAGAUUUUCAAUUGGAGCCCGAUUUGGAUGGUAUUUAUACAUUCAAUAAAAGUAUUAAAAAUGUGAGUGAGAGGGACGCAGGAUUGUAUACAUGUCUCGCUCGGAAUAGAGGUGGAGUAACAAACACAUCAACACACAUAGCUGUAAUCACACACCCACACGUGCAAAUCAUCGGCCCGCACACACUCACAGCACAUGAACAUACAGACAUACAAAUUACUUGUGAUACAGAGAACGCUCUACAUACGCACUGGCUAGACCCGAAUCGAAACAUUUUGGAUGCAGUUUCGGUAAAUGGUAGCUAUAAAUCGGUGUUCAGUGUGAAGGAUUUGAAAGAGGAUGGCACUUGGACGUGUGUUGCCAGUCGAAAAAAUUAUACAGCAUCCGACUCUAUACAUAUAAAAUUACUAAUAAAGCCUGAAGUUAAAAUAGAAGGUUCCAGAAACAUAACAGUACUUAAUGGAACAACGGUUCUAGUCACUUGUAUUGUGAGAGCUAAACCUGAACCGAAGAUAUUAUGGUACAGAGAUAAUGAAAAAUAUCUAGAACAGAAUAUGACUACUAUGUUAAAUAACACAUAUAAAAGCAUUCUUACAUUGGAUAGUAAUAAAGAAGACAUAAAUGGUACAUAUUUCUGUUCUGGCGAGAACUCUGAAGGGACAGACAAGGAUAACAUCACUGUGCGAGUGAGGCGGAAGAUGAUAUUAUUAGAUGGAUUCACUGAUCAAUCAGUAGAACUAUAUUCAAAAGUAGAACUACCAUGCAAUAUAGACUCAUAUCCCUCACCUACUAUAUCGUGGUAUCACAAUUCCACACGAAUAACAAAUUCUACCAAGAUGGCGGAUAAUUCUACCAUUUAUAUAGAAAUGGUAGAUUUUGACGAUCUAGGAAUGUAUUCGUGUGUCGCUGAUAAUAGUUAUGAGGUUUUGGUUGUCAAUGCAACGCUGUCUGUUCAUGAUUUGGCGGCUCCAGUUAUAUCAAAGGAAACAACCAAAAAAAUAUCUCAAGAAGGAAACUCUACUAUAUUGACAUGUAGCUUGUUACAAGGUAAACCAGAACCAACAAUAACGUGGCAAUACAAAAGCCAUAAUUCGAGUGAAUUUUCAAAUCUGCCUAGUGAUGUAUCUAUUAUCGACAAUAAGAUAAUGAUAUUGAACGUUAGUAUCGAUAGUGAGGGGAUCUAUCGAUGUGUGGCGGAAAAUAUUAUUGGCAGAGAUGAAUAUUAUAUGGAAUUAGUUGUACAGUAUGCUCCAAAACUGCUGUAUCCAGAAGAGAAAAAUGACUUGCAAUUGAAAGUGGGGAAUUAUCUAAAAUUGAGCUGUAAUGUGACUGGUUCGCCUAAACCAGUCGUGGUGUGGACUAAAAACGAUCAACCAAUAGUUUAUUCUAGAAAUAUAUAUCUAAGCGAAGACAACGAGCUGUUAAUAGCAAAUGUAUCUCAAUAUGACACAGGUAUAUUUUCCUGUAAAGCUGUUAGUACUUUGGGUUCUGUGGCCAGGAAUUUCACUCUCAAUGUGUAUGAAGCCCCAACAAUCCACUCUACCAAUAACCAAGAAUUAGAACUACUAGAAGGACAACUAGUAGAGUUGCCAUGCUCUGCUCGUGGUGUUCCCACACCUACAGUGUGGUGGCAACACAAUGGGAAUAAUAUUACUAGCCGAAUAUAUGUGGACGAAUAUGGGAUUAGAUUUGUUGCGAAUUUAACAGAUUUUGGUAAUUAUUCGUGCAUAGCAAGCAAUUAUCACGGCACAGCUAUUUUCAACUAUACACUCUAUGUUUGGAUGCCGCCAUCUAUAGUUCCACCGCUCGAAGAAAAUAAGAAUGUUCUAGAAGCAAGUAACGUGACGUUAUCAUGUGAUGCGAUCGGUUUCCCCAUACCGGAUAUAUCUUGGGAGUUUAAUGGGGAAAUGUUGACGGAAAAUGCUACGGAAAUUAGUUUCAACAAUAUUGGUAAUUUGUACAUACAAAAUGUUAGUUCAGAUAAAGUGGGCGAGUAUGUAUGUGUGGCUGAGAAUAUCGCUGGAUUUGAUGUCAAGAGAUUUGUACUUGAUACACACGAACCGCCAAGAAUAAUAUCGAAUAAGUUAAAAGAAUACAUAGGAAUAGAGGGUAGAGAUACCGCUAUAACUCUAUCAUGCAAAGCUACGGGCAAACCUCGACCUUAUGUCGUGUGGAUGAAGGAUAAAUAUUAUUUGGACAGAGAUUCCCGUUACAAUAUCGACAGUGAGGGUAGUCUAACAAUAAAUCUACCCUCAGCUGAAAUGAGCGGGAACUACACUUGUAUCGCAAGGAACUAUCUAGGAAACGUCACUGAAAAUGUUAAGGUGAACAUUUAUCCCCUACCAAUAGCACAAUCGGACGAAGCGCUAACAAAAGUGACGUUAGAGGAAGGAAAAUAUGCAAAAGUGGAGUGUCCAGUGAAACAUGCAGAAGAAAUCAAAUGGUAUAAGGACGGCACGCUAAUAUCAACAGGAUUUCUCAAAUUUCCGAACGUAUCACGUUCACAAUCAGGCACAUAUUCUUGUAUGGUGUCCAACACAGUGGGUUCCGCACAUUCCAGUGUGAGCGUGGACGUAGCGUGGGCGCCACGCUUCCACGCUAACCCGGGGAAACAUGUAGAGGAGACUAAAGGGUGGGAUUGGUAUUUCGAUUGUGAGGUCGAUGCGAAGCCGAGUGCUAAGACAAAAUGGCUAUUUAACUCAAAGUUAUUACUUGGGGAAGAUCGGGACAAACUUGUAGUACUAAAUAUAAAAACACACCACGCGGGCGAAUACAAGUGUAUUGUUAGUAAUGAAUACGGUACCGUGAGUAGGGAGUUUACUUUAGGUGUAUUGGUCCCGCCUUUUAUAUCGGAGUUCGAUGUAUUAGAUGUACAAUUGAAGGAAGGAGCAAAUGCAACACUUGAUUGUAACGCAAAGGGCGUCCCCGAACCAAAUGUUACAUGGAGUUUUGAUAACACAAACUGGCACAUCACAAACACAUCGCUAACAUCAACGUCAGUGACUCCAAAAUCCGAGGGUACAUUCCGCUGUGUUGCCCUCAACAAAGUCGGUGUUGCCCACUUAGUGUAUAAUGUGACGGUUGUCAGUGUCGCCAGGGUGAAGAGUAUUGUGGUGUUUAGAAAUGGGGAAGGAACUGAUUUAGAGGGUAGUGUUGAUGUUGCUCUCAAUUCAAACGUCAGAAUAGCAUGUGAAGCGAAAGGCAAUCCGAAACCAACGAUACAAUGGUUUAAGCAUGGCAAUAAAAUAAGUCAAAAUGACAAGGGCGCUACUUACGCUGAUUUAACGUUUGAUAGUGUUGCCAUCACACAAGCAGGAACAUAUGUAUGUAUUGCAGUGAAUGAAGGGGGUAUGGAUGAAAGGCAGUUGAAGAUAAAUGUACUAGAGCCACCCACAAUAUUUAAAACGCUCUUCCGUAAUGACAAUACCACAGAUAGCCCAAUAAAAUUAGAAGUAAUGUCCGAUCAAUCUUUCUUCAUGCAUUGUCACGCAUAUGGCUACCCCAUGCCAGAUAUCUAUUGGUUCAAAGAUGGCCUGCCUCUACGAUUGUUCGAUGACUCUAUGGUUUCAAAGGAAUAUGGGGAAAUUAUAGCCGUGAAUCGGGCAAGUGAAGAACAUUCGGGGAAUUACACGUGUGUUGCCAGAAACGGUGUGGGAGAAACUAGUGUUAUUUAUUUGAUUGAUGUUUUGGUCGCACCCCCACAACAAAAAGACAACACAAAACACGUAAACCUACUGUUUGGAAAGCCUCUAAAUCUAACUUGUCCUGUUGAGGGAAAACCUUUACCCUACGUGAUGUGGGUCAAACACCCAUAUACUGAGAUAGCCGAAACUGAGAGAAUUCAUUUGAUCAAUGAUAAUUACACUUUGUUAAUAAACGAUACUGAAGUUCUCGACACGGGCAAAUAUUCCUGUAUUAUGACGAACAAAGUCGGAUCAACUGAGAUAAUUUAUGACGUCAUUAUUGAAAAGCCUCCAUCCAUUGCGCGUAAUAUGGGCAAUAAUAUAACAGAAAGACACGUGGUGCCUUUGAGACGGAGCAUUGUAUUGAAGUGUGAAGUGGACGGUAAUCCACCGCCGAAGAUUAGUUGGUUGAAGGAUAUCCAAAAGCUCAGCGACAAUCUACCCAACGUACAGAACGUACAAGGUCACAGUGUGCUAGCUGUGUGGAGUGCCAACACUCGCGACGCGGGCCGGUACAUUUGUGUCGCGGAGAACGCAGCCGGCACGGCGCACCGGGUGUACGAGCUUGUUGUGAGAGUGCCAGGCAAAUGGAGCGCUUGGUCGGGCUGGGGCUACUGCAAUGCGACCUGUGGACGCGGUGUGCAAGUGCGGUCUAGAAUCUGCCAACACAUAGAUGAUAGUAACCACACUUAUGAUAAGUCUAGUCAAACAGAUAAGAUUAUUUUGGACGAAUCAGCUUGUAAGGGCUCAUCCGUAGAACAAAGAAAGUGUCAGAUGCCGCCAUGCGAGGAAAGUAUCAGUGAAUGGUCUCACUGGUCGCGUUGGUCCGUAUGUUCCGCGACUUGCGGCGCCGCUACACAGGCGCGUACUCGCCGGUGUCGUGUGCGAGACUGUAGCGGGGAUAAUGUGCAGAUAAGGAGAUGUCGUGGUCUACCUCCAUGUCCUACACCCAAAAGGCAGCGACUGGAAAAUGAUGUUUUCAGCAGUGCGGAUAACGAACAUAAUGGACUUACUGACUUCUUGCCUGAAGCUACAUUUGAGAUUGGGCCAGACAUUGAGCAGCAAUACAACUCGCAACCAUCAAAUGACGAAUUUGACGACUAUUACACUGCACCAACGUCCAGCAUGCCCACAUAUUAUGACGUGAAUGUGACAGAAAACUUAGACGGCAGUGAGCGAGGCCCUUGUGAUCCUGGCUUCAAACAUAAUGCUGAAGAAAAUAUUUGUAUUGACGUGGACGAGUGCCAUCUCCCACUGAACCUGUGCCACAGCACGCAAGUGUGCGCCAACCGUGUGGGCGGCUACCGCUGCGCCUGCCCGCGCGGCUACCGCGCAGCCGGGCCUAACGCGCGCUGCCUCGAUAUAAACGAGUGUGCACUCAACAUAAGCGGGUGCGAGUUCGCGUGCGUGAACGUGGCGGGCGGGCACGUGUGCGCCUGCCCCAACCACCUGCGGCUGCAUGCCGACAGGCAUCACUGCGUGCCGCCCUCCAAGUACAACAAGCCUCGCUAUUCCUACGAAGAUAUGGAUACUGAAGAUUAUCUCAGCACGUCCAUAGACUAUCCUGCCAGAUAACCUCAAAACAAUAGAGUGCUAUUACAUCUUUAUUUGUAUUUGUAUAUUAUUAUUAAGGAUAUAAAAAAAAAAACAUUGGAAUAAAAAUUAUGAUAAUUUGUUGUAAUACGAGUGUUUCACGUAGGUUGUUUUUAUGGAUAGGAUUUUGAUAUUUUUGCUGCAUAAUUUAAUACUUUAAUAAAUUGCGCAAAACUGCCUUAAUUAUAAAAAUGCAUUGUAUAUUUAUAAAAUAGUUGAAAGA